AUGUCCUGGCUUCCAGACGCCGCUGAUGCUGAGAGCCCCCUCAAACCCGCUGAGCUUCAAGUCUUGCGCUCACAGUACGAGAAAGAAGGCGAAUACGUCUCGCUGCAGACCAAGUUCAACUAUGCUUGGGGCCUCAUAAAAUCCACCUCCCGAAUCGAGCAACAGGAAGGCGUGCGCCUCCUCUCCGACAUAUUCCGCCAAAGCCCCGACCGAAGAAGAGAGUGUCUAUACUACCUGGCGCUGGGGAACUACAAGCUUGGAAACUAUGCUGAGGCACGACGGUACAACGACAGCCUGCUGGAUAUCGAGCAAGGCAACCUGCAGGCGCAAAGUCUAAGCCAACUGAUAGACGAGAAGGUCGCGAAGGAGGGCUUGAUGGGUGUGGCAAUAGUCGGUGGACUGGCGGUCGCGGCUGGAGUGGUCGGCGGGAUACUGUUCAAGGGCGCGCAAAGGAAGAGGUGA